AAAUUCAAGAUGGCCGCUGCAUUGUUAAAAUAAUAAUAAACAAUAAACAUAUAUUGUGUGUCGUGGACUUUAUACUCUUUAUAGCUAAAAUAAAAAAUAAAAACAAUUAACAUAAAAUAUUAUUUUAUUUUUGACAUAUUCUCAAGAGCAGAAUGGCUCUUUCUAGAAUUUUAUGUUCAAAAGAUUUAUCAGUAAUUUUGACACGUUACAACAAUGCAGGUAAUAUUGGCAAGACAAUUGAAUCAUCAUCACAUUCACUUGGUAUAACAAAACAAGCAAAAUUUCAUGUCUCUGGAAUACGUCGUUAUCCAGAAGCACCAAGACUUGCAUUGCCCUCAAAUGUAUCUGAAAUAUUUAGCAAUGAAACUGGUCGUUUUACACCAGAAAGAAUUCGUGAUAUGUCAACACCAUUGAUGAUGUAUGGUACAGGUAGUACAGGUGGUUUUUCUGGAUCAUCAACAACAACAACAACACGUAAAUUUUUUGGUGAUUCACAUGUUGAUUCAUAUGAUUGUUUUGGUGCAGUUAGUUUAAAUAGCUCAAUGCAAACAAAUGUUCCAAAACCUUUUAAAUCAACUUGUAAAUCAACAUAUUUAAAUAUGCCAGGUAGUCAAUGGGCUCAAGAUGGUAAAUAUAUUGCUGAAUCAAUGCGUAAAUCACAUUACAGUGUUUAUAAAGAUCGUCGAGGAGGACAAAACAAAAAUUUAUCAAUGAUGAUACAAAACUAUUCAACACAAACAAAGCAGGAUAAUAAUGAUAAUAAUAUUGAAGCAUCUAAAUUAACAAAUGUUGAAAAGCUUAAAAUUGCUGUCAAGGAUUAUGGCAGCACAGUAUUUGUAUUUCAUAUUAGUCUUUCUUUGCUAUCACUUGGCUGCUUCUAUACAAUUGUCUCUAGUGGAUUAGAUAUUACAUCAUUGAUUGAAAAAAUUCCUGGUUCAAGUGAACGUCUACAAAGUAUAAUGACAAAUUCAUCAACAUUUGCAAUAUCUUAUGCGAUUCAUAAAUUAUUUGCACCAGUAAGAAUAUCAAUAACACUUGGAGCAACACCAUUUAUUGUUAAUUAUUUACGUAGAAUUGGUAUAUUAAAAAAUUCAAUCACUAAAACGUAA